GCAUAGCAACCAUUACCGUCUGCGCAGAAAAUAAAAUGAAAGUACGAUUGCGUCAAGCUGAAUCGCAGAAUUCAAUUUUUCAUUCAAAUUCAAACGUAUUUCGUAGAGUAUGAAUAAUGAAACGAUCUUGCAGUAAAUUUUAAUUCACAAGAUGCCUAGGAUUUCCAAGAAGCGCUACAACGAGAGUAAUAUAUCAGCUCAUUCGUCAGUAAAGACCACAAAUUUGAAAUCAUCGUAUUCUACAAAUCGAGGCAAAAAGUUAAAAACUGUUAUAAAAAAACUUGAUGAUAUGGAGAAAACAGAAACUUCGUGCAAAAGCUUAAGCAGAAAUUUAUCAACUGAAUCAAUAAUUUAUGUUGGAAGUUAUACCUUGAACGAAAAAUAUUCAUUAAUUGAUUUGACCGAAAGUAUCACUAGUAUCAAAAGUGAGGAAGGUUUCCCAAUAUCGAAAUAUGCAAAAUUUUCUAAUUGUCAUCGAUUUUAUACAAAUCUAGUUGAAAAUUGUAAUUUAGCUUGUACAGCUUCUACAUCACAUCUGCUGAGCUCUAUUGAUGGCCCUAAAUUAUCCCUAAACAAAAAUGCUAAGUCUGCUAGUUGUUUAGCUAUGGUAAAUGAGAUUCAUACAAGUGGAAUCAGAAAUUGUGACAUACCGAAGCGAUUGUAUUCUCUAAACAAAAACAAACGAAUAUAUAAUGAUCAGAUGGUAGAGCUACAAGAGGAGGAUCAAAAUAUGAUCGAACACUCUUUGGAAAUUGAAGAUGAUAUUAAUAUCCUCAACUUUUGCUCACCACAAAACAUAAUAACCGAUGAUAUCCCUGUUGAAACUCUCAUAAAAACCUACCAAGUUGAUGGAACUGAUGAAUUCUCAUAGUGGAAUAUUAACUACUGUUGAAUUAUAGAAAAAUUAUUGUUAUAAUUGUUUGCAAGUGGUAAUUUGCAUUUAUGGUAACUUCCACUUGAAAUGAAAGUUUUGUUAUGAAUUUAAAUAUAUUUAUUAUUCAAAAUUUAUCACCACAAAUGUUCUUGAAAACUAUAGUAGUCUAACAUCUGAGUUUCCAAUGUGUUUAUAUCUCUAGUUAUAUUAAAUCUUUGUUAUAAAAUUUCAAUGGAAAAUAAAAUUCACUCAGAAAUGUA